GGGUGGAGCCGCGUGGCGUCAGCGCAAGAUGGCGGCCUCGGCGGCGCUGUUCCUGCGCUUGUGGAGCGAGCUCCGGCUGGGCGCCCGGGGGCUGUGCGCGAGGCUAGCGACGCCGCCCCCUCGGACCCCGGACCAGGCCACAGAGAUUGGGAGCCGCUUGGGCACUAAGGCCCAGGCUCAGGGGCCACAGCAACAGCGAGGCACAGAGGGUCCCAGCUACGCCAAAAAAGUUGCACUCUGGCUUGCUGGGCUGCUGGGGGCCGGUGGGACUGUGAGCGUCAUCUAUAUCUUCGGAAACAACUCUGUGGAUGAAUCUGGUGCCAAGAUUCCCGACGAAUUCGACAAUGAUCCAAUUCUGAUACAGCAGUUGCGCCGGACAUACAAAUAUUUCAAAGACUAUAGACAGAUGAUCAUCGAGCCCACCAGUCCCUGCCUCCUCCCCGACCCUCUGAAGGAGCCGUACUACCAGCCACCCUACACGCUGGUCUUGGAACUAACUGGCGUCCUCCUGCACCCUGAGUGGUCGCUGGCCACUGGCUGGAGGUUUAAGAAGCGUCCGGGCAUCGAGACCUUAUUCCAGCAGCUCGCCCCUUUGUAUGAAAUCGUCAUCUUUACAUCAGAGACCGGCAUGACUGCAUUCCCACUCAUCGACAGCGUGGACCCCCAUGGCUUCAUCUCCUAUCGCCUGUUCCGGGACGCCACAAGAUACAUGGAUGGGCACCAUGUGAAGGACAUUUCGUGUCUAAACCGGGACCCUGCCCGGGUGGUAGUCGUGGACUGCAAGAAGGAAGCCUUCCGCCUACAGCCCUACAAUGGCGUUGCCCUGCGGCCCUGGGAUGGCAACUCUGACGACCGGGUCCUGUUGGACCUGUCUGCCUUCCUCAAGACCAUCGCACUGAACCGGGUGGAGGACGUCCGGACUGUGCUAGAGCAUUACGCCCUGGAGGACGACCCCCUGGAGGCCUUCAAACAGCGGCAGAGCCGGCUAGAGCAGGAGGAACAGCAGCGCCUGGCCGAGCUCUCCAAAUCCAGCAAGCAGAGCCUCUUCUUCGGCUCCCUGACCAACCGCCUGUGGCCUCGCUCUAAACAGCCCUGACGUCGGAGCCUCGUCAGACCCCCUGCCUAGGUCCUGGGCCCCAGGCCCUCGUGCCCCCAGACCGUGGCUUGGGCAGCCACAUCCAAUAAAGUCCAUCCCAGGUGCCACA